AUGGAUAAGAUGAGCGGGAACAAUGCGACUGUGGUGAACAGCUCCAUCGACAGGUGGUCUUUCAAUGAACAUGGCUCUUUCCAGCACCUGGACCCCGGUGAGCUCAGGGUCCUGAUGCCGGCGAUCCUGGGAGUCAUCUGCGUCUUGGGUGCGGCUUGUAAUCUCACCGCGAUGGUCAUCUUGUUCUCAAAUGCACAUAAAGGCAAACUGUCCCUCAUCAACUCCCUCAUCUUCAACCUGAUGUUUGCUGACGGGCUGGUGCUGAUGUUUACGGUGCCAUUCAGGGCUGCCUCCUUCUCCAAGGCGAGCUGGAAUCUGGGCUGGGUGGUGUGCAAGACGGCUGACUGGUUCCUCCAGUCCUGCAUGGCGGCGAAGAGCUUCACAGUGGCAAUCAUGGCCAAAGCCUGCUACCGCUACGUGUCAAACCCCACCAAGCAGGUGAGCAUCCACCUGGGCUCCAUCCUGGUGGUGCUCUUCUUCAUCUGGCUGUCAGCCUGCUCUGUCACCAUCCCUCACUGGCUGUUUGCGAGGCUGCAGAGGGAGAUCCGCGGGCUGGUGUGUGUGCUCGUGGUUCCUCCUGAAGCCAAGGAUUUCAUGUCUGUGUAUGUAAAAGCAUACCCUCUGGGGGUCUACUGCGCUCCGCUCAGCUUCGCCCUGAUGUAUUUCUGGAAAGCUUACGGCCAAUGCCAGCGGCGCUCCAGUAAGACUCAGAAUCUGCGUACACAGAUCAGAUCCAGGAGGCUCACUUUAAUGCUUUUUAGCCUCACUGUGGCCAUGGCUAUCCUCUGGCUUCCUCAGUGGGUGGUGUGGGUUUGGGAGCGUCACAUAGCAGAGAAAGAAAUUGAAGGGGCUCAGCCCCUCGUCUCUUCUCCUCCCCUUCUUCUGACCCUCUCUUCCCAGCUGCUCACCUUCUCCCUGUCGUUGGUGAACCCCCUCAUAGUGCUCUCCCUCUCUGAGGAGUUCAGAGAGGGUUACAGGGGGCUGUGGAGGCGCCUCACCCUGCGCAAACAACCUCCGUCCAAGCCAAAGCCGGGACCCCACAACCCCACCAGCCUCCGGUCCCCUUGUCCCCGACCGGAGACCUCGGGCCAGCUGAGGGGGGAGAGCAGCCUGCAGUCGAGCUUCAGCCAGAGAGAGGCUCAGCCCCAGCAGGAGCAAGGCGGAGGAAGAGGAGGGAGGGAGGCAGACAGGGUGAGCCUCAAAGAUGGGAUUGUCUUGCCUGAUGUGGAGCAGUUCUGGCACGAGAGGGAGAGCGGAUCACACACGGAUGAAAACGAUCCCGUGCCGUGGGAGCACCAGAACAAAGAGGAGAAAAAAUAA